CACGACACGCGCAAACGUGUGCAACAACGAUAGUUAUAUCUUCUGUCGUUUCUUUCGGCCAGCGUCAAAUUUCUUUUCCCAGUUGUGCUGUAGCAGCUUCACUCCAGGUUUAUCCGCUGUAUGUUGCUCUGCAUUUGGAGGAGCUCAUCGUUUUCCUCUGCACCAAGGCGGCUCUUGAAGCUUGUUAUCCACAGUAAUCCGAGGCCCUGUCUAAUCAACUCCCUCUUCACCAAGUCAUUCACUAGUGAAACCAUCAUGUCAGACAGAAAACGCAAGGCAACAUCUGCUCCUGCUGGAAAGCAGCCCUCUGCCAAGCAGCAGAAGCUGGUUCCCCUGAAGGAGGAGAAGAAGGAGGAGAAAGCUGGGGGCUGGCUGCAGGAGAAGUUGAAGCAGCUUAGGACAGAGAAGAAGGAAAUCAAGUUAAACAAAAAGCGCCUCCGUUUUGUAUCUGACACUGAAAAGAUAAAGCAGGGCUCAGAGGGUGUCCUGUAUUGGAUGUCAAGGGACCACAGAGUACAAGAUAACUGGGCGCUGAUCCGUGCGCAGCAGCUUGCUGUGAAGGAAAACCUUCCUUUGCACGUCUGUGUUUGUCUGGUUGUCCCAAAAUCAGAACUGUCCACUCUGAGACAUUUCAGCUUUAUGCUGAAAGGUCUGAAAGAAGUUGCAAAGGAAUGUAAAGCCUUAGACAUCCAGUUCCACUUGCUCCAUGGUUCAGUGGGGGAAGUUCUCCCUGGCUUUGUGUCUGACCGCAGCCUGGGGGCAGUGGUGACAGAUUUCUCCCCGCUCAGAGAGCCACUACAGUGGUUGGAGGAUGUCAAAAAGAGACUUCCAAAGGACAUACCCCUCAUACAGGUUGAUGCCCAUAAUAUUGUUCCGUGCUGGGUAGCAUCACCUAAACUCGAGUACGCCGCCAGGACCAUCCGAGGAAAAAUCACCAAGCUUUUGCCAGAGUUCCUCACUGAUUUUCCUCUGGUAGAGAAACAUCCCUACACAGCUACAAGAACCGCCAAACCAGUAGACUGGGACAAAACCCUGGUCUCUCUGCAGGUUGACAGAACAGUAGGAGAGCCGGAGUGGGCUACGCCAGGCACCAAGGGAGGCAUAGCCAUGUUGGAGUCAUUCAUUGAUGUGCGCCUUAAACUGUUUGACAUCAAACGCAACGACCCGAAUGCUGCCGCCCUCAGCCACCUCUCCCCCUGGAUCCGCUUCGGCCACCUGUCAGCCCAGCGUGUGGCGCUGCAAGUUCAGCACAGCGGGAAGAAGGCAGGUCAGUCCGUCUCCUCCUUCAUCGAGGAGCUGGUGGUGCGCAGGGAGCUGACAGACAACUUCUGCUUCUACAACAAGAAAUACGACAGCGUGGAGGGUGCGAGCGAGUGGGCUCAUAAGACCCUUGAAGCUCAUGCCAAAGAUAAGAGGCCGUAUCUCUACACGCGUCAGCAGCUGGAGGAAGCAAAGACACAUGACAAACUCUGGAACGCAGCUCAGUACCAGAUGGUCAGUGAGGGGAAGAUGCAUGGUUUCUUGAGGAUGUACUGGGCCAAGAAGAUUCUGGAGUGGACUUCGUCACCAAAGGAGGCGCUCUCCAUCGCCCUGUACCUUAACGAUCGCUAUGAGCUGGAUGGCCAGGACCCUAAUGGCUUUGUCGGUUGUAUGUGGUCUAUUUGUGGCAUCCAUGACCAGGGCUGGGCAGAGAGACCUGUUUUCGGAAAGAUCCGUUACAUGAACUACAAAGGUUGCACUCGGAAGUUUGACGUAGCCCAGUUUGAGCGAAAGUACUGUCCCAAAAAACUCUGAAACAAACUGCUUUGAAAGAUGGGAAUAAAAUGCCUGACAGCCUUCAUCUCCCACAUCUUCACCUCAGGGAGCAUUUGUAUAGCUUCUGAUUUCUAUUCUUCUCCUUGUUCCUCGCUGCUUUCGUCAUGUCCAAAACAUUCAGUGUGUUAUUGCUCGGCCUGUUUUUUUUACUGACUAUUCAGACAUGUUGACUGUAUGACUUUUUUUUUUUUUUUUUUUUUUUUUUUUUUUUUUUUUUUUUUUUUUUUUUUUUUUUCUGGUAGUUUGCUAUAGAGUGCGAUGUUGCUUAACUUAGUUUGUGCUUACUUAGCAAAAAGAGUUUGCUCUGUUUUUAUAUUACAUUAUUUUUUUUACUUUUGGUUUUUACUGUAAAAAUCUUAUUUUACAAAGAAGAUGCUUUGUUUGGGGUCACAGUGGUCUUCUCAUAUCAAAC